GUUAUAUUUAUUGUAAUAUCAAGAUAUUUGCCUUCUUUGAACAUUUCAGAUGAAGUUACAUUACUGUUCGUGGGAGAUAUUUCCUUUGCUGACCCCAUCAAAUACUAUGUUGACCACAAGUACCAUACGUACAAUGAUACUUUCAAUGACGUGGCUCCUUUCAUCAGAGAAGCGGACAUUUCAGUUGGUAAUUUAGAGUCGCCAUUUGCCAACCAACAUGUUCUUACUCACCUUUACCGAGGAGGAAAAACAGUUUUGCUAUAUGCCUUUCCUAAAGCUGCAUCAGCGCUCAGGUUUGCAGGAUUUGAUGUCGUGACCAUUGCCAACAAUCACUUGAACGAUUUAGGCAGUGUGGGAGCCAAUUUUACCACUGAAGUCCUGGAAAAGACGGGUAUAAAGUAUUUUGGAAUAAGUUUCGGAAAAUAUGACUCCUCUCAGGAACCUCUCAUUAUUAAAAGAGACAGAAUCACUAUUGCAUUCCUCGGUUAUUGUGCAACGCCCUCCUUAUUAAAGAAAAACUGCAGCGAACUGAGGAAGUUGUUCAACUCGGGUCCCGCCAUUUAUGAAGAUGAUAUCGCCACUAGAGACGUCAGGAGGCUAAAGAAGGCCAAAGUUGACAUUAUAGUCGCUUUCAUGCACUAUGGUAGAGAACUCACUUUAGGACCCGUCUCCUCCCAAAAGCACAUAAACAAACACCUGAUUUCUCUUGGGGUGGAUAUGAUCAUUGGAUCUCAUCCGCACGUUCUUCAGGAUCACUGUCUUCAAGAUAAUAAACUUAUCGCUUACAGCUUGGGGAAUUUUCUUUUUCAUACUAACCAACCACCAAGUGCUGUUGAUCCGAACGUUUACGGAAGAUUUGGCAAGAAACCCGAUAAACAAUUUAUUAAGAAAUAUGAACAGUUUGCCCUUGGGAACUGCGACGCGUUGAAACUAUCCCGGAUGCUUAAAGUCACCGUUUCAAGGAAAGGAGUCGUGGGAGCAAAGUAUCUUCCACUGAAAGUCGCUUUCGAUAAAAAAAAUAAACGACUGCACCCUGAGCCCACAAAGAACGCAAAAUGGAUCGCUGUAUGCGGAGCUGAAGAUCAACAUUGUAAAUGUUUCAAGAAUUAGGAUCAAAUUUCUCUGAAAGAAGUCAAUCUAAAAACACU